AUGCCGGUGCGCGAAAUCCCUGAAUACGCCACGGCGUCGUUCAUCUUCUUACCUGACAUGAAAUCCUCAGGAAAGAUACUGCUUAGCGAAAUCGAACAAGAGAAUAAACCUCAUAGAUUAAACAAUAUUCUUAAGGACGUAAGAUGCAUUUUUUACGACGCGCCCUAUAGAGACCCUCCAGCGACAGCUGACGGCAUGAGCCGUCGCCCAGCGGACGACCCAUGCGCCGGGAACUACUGGUACACGUCUGAUGAUCCAAUUGGUGCGGACGAGACAGCGACUGCGAUCCAAUGGAUGCAACUCUCUUACGACAUCAAAUGGCUUGAGGAAAUGGUUCGGCUCGAGGCUCGGUUUGUUGGGCGGGAAAAUGUCUUCAUUGUGGGCUUCGGGACUGGAUUUGGGAUUGCGGCAGCGACUGUGUUCCAGAUGGAGGAGCGAAUUGGAGGUCUAUUGGGAGUUCACCCCGUGAUGCCGUUUCACGUGGAUUUGAAGUACAUUGCCCUGGACGGACAGACAAAGGCGGUGGUAAACGCUUGGUCAGAGAUGGAGAAGAAGAGAAAGGAAGAAGGAGGACAGGGGGAAGAAGAAAUGGAAGAAGAUUUCUCUGAUGUCGAUGGGGCUGGCUCUGAAGCCUCAGCUAGGACUCUUUGUGUUAAUGACGGCAAUGACCAGACUCACGAAGCGAGACUUGGAAGACUGAUGGGCUUACUCCGGUAUCUUGUUGAUAAGGGGGAGGUGCCAACUUUUAAGAGGGUCUGCGAUCGCUCAGACGCUUCUACACCGGUGAUCUUGCUCCAUGGUAUGGAUGAUAAGCAAGUCCAUUUUUCGUACGCGAAAGACACCGUGCAAACGUUCUGGAAUCUUGGUUACAAAGCCAAGCUAGACAUUAUGGAGGAUGAGGGCCAUAAGCUAUCUCGAAUGAUGCUUAGAGAGCUGUUCACUCACUUUGUGAAGCUGGGUCUAGGGAAUGAAGCGACGAGAAGUCAGAUCCAACAUCAUCUUUAG